AUGGUCUCAAACGAGACCGAGUUCGUUGGCUGGAAGCCCUCACCAGAUGGAAGAGGUACUUAUGAUAUAAUAUUUACAUGCCUGGUCACAACAUUUCUUUGCUGCUGGACCUCUGUAUACCCCAACAUACCCGCACCUGGCGAUGGUAUUUGGGCUUCGAUUAGGGACAAACUUGGGCUUGCAUGCCUAGGAUUACUUGGUCCCGAGUUCAUCAUAGUGUUGGCCAUUGGGCAAAAGUCUUCGGCGCGAAGAUCAGUUGUGAAAUUCAACCAAGCAGGACAUAAUCAGUGGACCAUUACUCAUGGUUUCUUCGCGGAUAUGGGUGGGUUUGUACUCACAGCCGACGAUCUCCCACGGCCAAUACCGCUCAACGCCGAACAGUUAUUUUAUCUGGUAGAUAAAAAGCAUGUUGAGUGUCCCACGAUAACUGCUCAAGAGCUGAAAGAUAGGAAUAAGUCAGAUGGGUUAGCAAGGCUCAUCACCAUAUGGCAAGGGACUUGGUUCGUCAUUAGCUUCAUUGCGCGACUGAUCCAAGGACUUCAUGUAACGACAAUGGAGCUCACAGCAGUCUCGUUUGUGGUGAUUCUUUUUGGGACUGCUUGGUGCUGGAAAGAUAAGCCAAGCGAUGUGGGCACAACCAUCACUCUUCACAGCUCGACCAGUAUCGAGAAUAUUAUCAUCGGGGAGGGACGCCAACCCGAUCAGCGAUACUAUCAAACACCUCUGGACUUUGUUAGCAGAGAUGAAACCGCGCUGAACCUGGCCUGGCAAUAUUACAACGAACUAUCACGCAAGAUCCUUUUCUCCCCCUUCUCGCGCCGCGUCGCACAAGUUCCAUGGGACAGGAACCCGGGCGAUAUCUUCCUCCGAAUGGACUUUGAUCUAGAACUCGUGGGGGUCGCAUUUAUCCUUGCCUUCUGUGCUGUCUUUCUGUCUGCAUGGAACUUUGCUUUCCCCACCACAGUCGAACGAGAGUUCUGGCGGGUGGCCAGCAUUUACAUGCUGUCAUAUGGCUUUGUCGGGGCGCUCUGGAUGGAAUUGUGCAUGUGGAUAUUUGUGCCUCAGAACCGUCUCACUGAGGGCCCUGAGCCAAGUCUUGUCGAGCAAGACCUAGCCCAGAGGCCUCACCCUGUCCAAGACUGGCACCAUAGGUUCCAACAAUGGCGGAAGAGCCGGACAAGUAAAAAGCAGGGAAGCAGAGAUCUCGCUGAGGAUUGUCUGGUGCAGCGACGGCCAGCGAAGAGCACUUUUGACUUUCUCAAAACAUCGCACAAUAUCUCACAUGGCCAGGAUCCUUACAUGGGCGUUCAGGUUGGAUUCAUUAUCGUUACGUCUGUCCUAUGUGUUCUUUACUGUAUCUUUCGGGUGUUUAUCUUCGUGGAGGACUUUAUCGGAUUGAGAGCAUUGCCGCCGAGUGCGUAUGAGACGGUGGAGUGGACAAAGUUCAUCCCACAUAUUUAG